CUCCAUCUCCUUUAUAAACUGCCCUUAUUUUUAGAUAUUCAACAAUAAUAUGCUUUUCAAGUCCUCGUGGCCAUCUGCAUCUUCUAAUUCUUCUUCUUCUUCUUCUUCUGCUGCUGCUGCUCUUUGUUGGUAUUCAAAAUUGAGCAUGGAUCCUUCUGACUUUCCUCUUAGUAGAUCUCCUAGAAGAGAACUUCAGGGUCCUAGACCACCUGCCCUAAAAGUCCGUAAAGAUUCGCACAAGAUCAGGAAACCCCCAGUAGCUCCACAGCCAUCACAGCAACAACACCACCAGCAACCAACUCAGCCACGGCUGCCGGUCAUAAUCUACACAGUUUCACCAAAAGUUAUCCACACAAACCCUAGUGACUUCAUGAAUCUUGUCCAACGCCUCACGGGCUCUACUUCUUCUUCCACUUAUUCAACCUCCGCUACUAGUUCUUCAACUUCUAAUCCUUUUAAUAAUGAUGGUGGUGCAAUAUCGCCGGCGGCAAGGUAUGCAACUAUAGAGAAGGCGAAGACACCCAAGGACAAGAUUAUGCCAGCAAGUGAGGAUAUGGGUUUCUUGGAAGAGAUAGGAAUAGAUCAACUAAUGGAGAGAUCAUCAGGUAAUUUGUUUCCUGGGAUUCUUUCACCAGGGCCUGCUUCACUUCCUCCAAUAACACCAAAUUUCUUCUCUCCACAGUCCGAUCCAAACAUGGUUAGCUUCUUCCAUGAUUUGAGCCCUGUGGUUCAUGGUAACAAGAAUUUUAUAGAGGGAAGUUUCAUGCCCAGUCCUUCAUUCUUUGUUUCUCCUCGCCUGGCUUCUCCAACUCCAUCCGUAGACCUCUUCAACAAUUUCAAUUUCAACAACAUCUUUGACUUCUGAUUUUAUUUUAUUUUUUCUGUAGGGAGACAUAGGGAGAUAAUUAAUUAGGAUUUUUAUUUUUUUUAUUUUUAUAAAUUCUCUGGUUUUGCUUUUUGUGUAUCCUCUUCAUGUUGAGGAUAAUAGGAGAAGAAGAAAGGAACAUCUACAAUCACUUUUUGGUAGGUUAGCAAGUUGCAGAGACUUGUUAAUUGGCACCAAGUAUGAAUUUCUUUGUUUUUAAUUUUUGUGGGUCAUUUGAUAGGGCAGUUUUGGCUCUAUAUUUAUGUUGUGGACCUAUAUUUUUAAUACCAUUCUUUUGUCAUGUACCUUAUGGCAUGUAAUUUGAAUCAGUAAUAACAUUUUUGUUCCUCAGUUUGUUCAA